AAGAUCCAACAAUGGAGAUAGAGGUUAAACUUAACGGGCUUGAUAUAUAUAAUUACUCUUAAGAAAUAUAUAACCUAACCGUCGUCGUCGUCCGCGCUGUGCUCUGUUUGUAGAAAGCGUACAUUUCCUCUUGAAGUCUGUGUAGAACGCAAUGACGACGCGCACAAGGCGUCAAUCGAAGGGGGAUUUCAUUAGCAAAAUGCCAGAUGAUGUUCUUCUUAUGAUUCUAUCUCUCAUGCCUGUAAAAGAUGCGGUGGUCACUGGCAGUCUCUCCAUGAGAUGGAGGGACUUAUGGCGUAAUCUCGUCCGAUUGAACUUUGAUGGUACUGAAGCUUUUCAUAAGAUGGCCAGUGAUAAGAAACUCUGUCUUAUAGAGAGGUGUAAGUACGUCAACCAGGUGUAUAAUGUCAUCACCAGCCACACCCACCCGACGGUACACGAUUUUCGGAUUCGCUUUGAUUUGGAUGCUACUGAGUCUGAGGAGAUUGAUGAAUGGGUUGAGUUUGCUCUAGAAAAGAAAGUUGAGACGCUUGAACUAGAUUUAAUGGAUAAAACUUACGAAAUUCGUGAUCCAGACGAAAACUACGAGUUCCGGUUACCAUCAUCAAUUUCUAUGGCUGGGGAGAUGCUGUCUCUUAAAAACCUCUUCUUGAAGGGUGUCAGCUUGCUCGGACCAACCCUAAACGAUAUCUUAAUGAUUUCUCCACAUCUUGAAAAGCUUUACUUGUUUGGCACCGAUGUGUACCCUUGUAUUUGUUUUGGUGGGCAGGGCAUUAACUUGAAAUACUUCAAACUAGUGUCUUGUUCUGGGAUCGAAUCCAUCUCUCUACAUGGUUUUGGUCUUGUAUCAUUUGCAUAUUAUGGUCCCGAAAUAGAAUUGCAUCUCAGUGAUCUUCCAAAGCUUAAAGAAGUUGUGGCUGGUGAAGUUAGUGUCGGAUUAGAGAAUAACGUGUUCAGUCAGAUAUCAUCUUGUGCUCUCUACCUUCAGGCUCUUGAGUUGGACGUGAGGAGUCCAAAGAAAGGAUUCGAAGUUAAUGCCAUUAUCAAACUUCCAAAUGUCAAAAAGUUAUUGUUGGCAAUGGACGCUGAAGAAGAUGAUUGUCUACUAGAGUUCACUUCAAUAGCUCAGGCUUGUCCCAGUUUGGAGACUUUUUCAAUAGCUCUACAUUGGUUCUCACCACUGAAAAGGAGGAGGAAAAUAAGACGUGUUGCGGCUCCUCAUGUCCAUAAACACCUGAAGCGUCUUGAAAUGAGUGGAUACUAUGGUCGAAUCAGUGACCUUGAGCUUGCUGUGUAUGUCAUAGACAAUGCUGCUGCACUCGAGAAAAUCGUCAUAGAUCCUUGCUGUCAGGCGUAUGGGGGACGUUUAAGUAAAGAGGACUGUUUGAAGAGACUGCCAGCUGCUCGAUCUUCCGCCAAGCACCAGCUUACACCACUGUUGCCUCCAGGUGUGGAUAUGGCGAUACUCUAACUCGCCAGUUAAGUACAGGAGUUACUGUUGCAUGAUGUGUUAUGUCGAAAAUGGGAGUAAGGUAUAUCUUGUACUGUUUGAUUGCUCUGAUUUCUCCCUCUUAAUAAGUUCAUGCUUCUAUUUACAUGUAUAAACUAUUGUAGAAGCUUGUUAAUGCUUUUAGAUUCUGUUGAAAGAAUGUCUACAGAGAAAUCAGAAUGUAUUAAAUAAAUUGGAACAAAUUCAGGUGAUAA